CUUCGCCGUUGAUGUUAUUGUCGUACCAUGAUUUCUUGUGCUUUCUUAUAAUUAUUCAGUUGUAUACCUAACACAAGAAUCUCUUAACGAAUCGGUUUUAUUCUAAUCGUCAUGGAUUAUAAAGACGAGCAACACAAUGAGAUUGAAGCAUUGGAAUCAAUUUACUGUGGAGAAUUGGAAAUUUUAGCUACAGAACCGUUUUACACAUUUGCCAUCCCAAUUAAAACUGAAGAGUAUGAACCUGAGUCUGGGAAUGGUAUUAGUUGUCGCUUAGAAUUCACUUACACUCCAAAGUAUCCAGAUGAACCUCUUCUUAUAUCCAUAGAAGAUCAAGAGAAUUUUGAAGACGGUGAUGAUGAGAAAUUAAAGGAACAUUUAACAGAACAAAUUAAUGAAAACCUAGGAAUGGUUAUGGUAUUUACCUUAGUUAGCGCUGCUCAAGAGUGGCUUAAUGUACAAUGGGAUAAAAUUAAAUUGAAUAGGGAAGAGAGUGCAGCAAAGAAACUUAAAGAACUAGAAGAAGCAGAAAGGAAAAAGUUUGAAGGAACAAGAGUUACCGUAGAAACAUUUUUAAGCUGGAAAGAGAAAUUUGAUGAAGAAAUGGGAUAUACGAAACGAAGGGAAAUAGCCGAGCGGGAAGGAAAGAAAUUAACAGGGAGGGAACUGUUUAUGACUGAUAAAACAUUGGAUCAGUCUGAUCUUAAAUUCUUAGAUGAUGAUUCCGUUAAGAUAGAUGAAAGUUUGUUUCAAAAUAUGGAUGAUCUAGAUUUGGAGGGCGACGACGACGAGGAUGAUCCUGAUUAUGAACCAAACGUUUCUGACGCUAGUGCCUAAAUAAAUAUACUUGCAUAUUCUGUGCAACUACUUUGCACAGUCAACUAUGCUGUUUGCAUUUUACAUCACAAUCGAAGUAUGUUGAUAUUUGUUAAUCAAUUAAACGCAUACAAGGGUGAUGGAUAAAUAUUUAAUAAGAAAAUUAAUUUUUGUAAGCGU